UAGAAACCUAUUGUAUUGGAGAAUUAAAUUUAUUUUAUUUAUAUUGUUUUUAGUGUCAUGGACAUUUCGUUCAUAACGAAACAUUAGAUUCUAGGGUCAAAUCAUGGAGGUAACUCAAAAUGAGUCCCCAAAAGAGGCCCCGUGGUUAUGCUGCCGAGCUUGCCUGACCACCGAUGGGAGACUGUUCAACAUACAUGAAAAUAAACUUGCUGACGCCUUUGCUCACAUCACAGGGACUCCUGUUGUCAAGGACAAGCUUCCUCAGCACCUGUGCUCGUACUGUGGUUCACAGCUGCGUAAAUAUGCGUCUUUUAGAGACAUGUGUCUUCACACACAACAGAGUUUAACUGCAGAGUCACUCAAGGAAAAGCUGGACUUAGAUGGAAUUCGCAAAAUAAGCCGCCCCUCAAACCUAUCUCUCGAUCUAACAAUAUCUGAAGUAGAAACAGCAGAAUAUGUAGACCUCACACCAGCAGAUGAUAUUAAACAGGAACCAAACGUAAUCACCAAGGAACCAAAUAUGGGAAUCAUUGAUAAACCAAACAUAAACAUUGCAGGUGUUAUUACAAAAACCGGGUCGAAAACUCAAUUUGAAAAUCAAAAGCAUGUACUGAAUAUUCCUGUCGAUAAGCUUAAAUAUAUACAAAAAAGGGUUAGGAACAUUGAGAAUACCAUCAGGAAAAAGAUGCAAAAGGCAAAUGAACAUGAUGAAAACAAUGCCAGUAUUACAGAUGCAAAAAGUGUGCAAAAGAUUGAAAAUACCAUCAUGAUUAAGACAAAUGAAAACAAUGAAAAUGAUGCUAUUACAGAAACGAAAAUUAAAAUGGAAAUCGAAAUUGAAGAAGAUACAAGCUACAGAGUAUUUGGUGAGGAAAUUAAGAAAGAGUUUGAAAUUGAAGGUAACCAUGGUGAAGUUUAUUGUGACAGUGUUAAGAUUAAGACACCACUUAAAAGGCGAAAAGAAAUUAAAAAGAAUUUGGAAGUUAAGAGGAAGAAAAAAGAUGUGAAAACUCCGUGCAAAAGUAAACCUAAGCAGAAGAGAGUAGUAGCAAGUAAGAGGGUGAAGAGAAAGAUUAGGAAUGCCAAAAAUAAUUAUAUGCCGGAGUUUGAUUUUGCUAAAUUCGAGAGGGAUAAUGCAGUGAAAAUUGUGACUUUAAGCAAGGAAGAGCAGUUGGAAGAGAUCGCCGCCCGCAAGAAGUCGCAGAACUACCUGGAGUCGCAGUACAAGUGCGAGACCUGCGGGAAGGCGUUCAACGCGGAGGCGGCCUACAAUAACCAUCUACUGAGGCACGAUCCCAUGGAGGGCGAGCUAGCGUGCGAGAUCUGCUCCGUGCGCUACAAGCGGCAGUUCCAGGUGCAGCGGCACCAGGACGUGCACCGGCUGAAGAUUGUAUGCAACCAGUGCGAAUAUGUCUCCAGAACCAGGUGGCAAGCAGUGAGACAUCACGAGAUGCACGCGGGCAAGACCUACCAGUGCCAGCAUUGCGGGAAAACUUAUGCCAAGAUGACUACGUACUUGUCGCACGUACGUAUUGUGCACCCCGCGCAGUGCGCCGCAUGCGACGUGUGCGGCGAAACUUUUGUGGGGGAGCAUGGCCUGCGCGCGCACAAGAAGAGAUCGCAUGCUAAGAAGCCACAACAGUUCAAGUGCACUACUUGUUCAGCGAACUUCCAUAGUUUAGAAGCUCUGAACAGACACACAGACACGGCCGGCGAGCACGGAGACCUGCGGCCGUGCGAGCAGUGCGGCGAGAACUGUGCGAGCGAGCACGCGCUACAGGAACAUGUUAAAGAGACACAUCCGAAUGAAACUUGUGUGUGUGACGAGUGCGACAUGACGUUCCCCGACGCGGCGGCGUACCAAGUCCACAACCGGCGCAAGCAUCUCAACGAGCGGCCCAAGGCGGGGCGCGGCGAGUACGCGCGGAAGUACUACGCGCGCCGCCGCGCCGCGCUGCGCGCCGCUUCCUCGCCCUCCUCCGCGUCCGCCUCCGCUUCCGCGACCGCGAGACACGCGCCGGUGACACUGUUCGUGUGUGAGCAGUGUGGACGCGUUCUACAGAACUCGACCCUGCUCCGGCAGCACCAGGAGCAGCAUCAGGCAGUGCGGACGUUCGCCUGCAAUCUGUGUCCGAAGAGCUUCGCCGUCAAAACUACGCUAGAGAAACAUUUGCGGACGCACACAGGGGAGAAGCCGUUCCAGUGCUCGAAGUGCCCGCUCGCCUUCACAGCGAAGGGCAACUUGAAACGACAUUACAAAGUUGCACACGAAGGCAUCCGCGAGAACGUCCCCUGUACGAUCUGUGGGCGCCAUUUGUCCACGAAGUCUGCGCUGGCGCUACACGUGAACACCGUGCACUACGGCCAGCCCGCGCCCAAGCGGAACCGGAGCAAGCUGAAGCGGAGCGUAAAUAAUAUGGAAGAAGGCUGUAGUUAAUGCAACAUCUGUGCGAAAUGUCCGCGCUUGCGCUGC